UUUAUGAAGACGGAGCCAGAUUGAUCAUGAGUAACGUUCUGCUAUCAUAAUGAGAACAAUACUGCUGUUCACCGUCUCAACCGGCGACCGCAUUCAUCCGACAGGUUUGUGAGUCGCUAAUAGCAGCUUAUAAGCCUAAAGAGAUGAACAAAGCCCUCCAAUUGCUUCGAGCUGCACAGCCGAUAUACAACUUUUUGUUGAACCAUCUGUUGGCCGCAAUGCAGACCAGCGCUUUCGCACAAAGUGCCAGUGAUACAUUAUUCGGCUUUAUUUUGACGAUUUUUCUGUUUGUCAAGUCAGACAUCAAAACUACGUUGAUUCCAAUCACAAUAUUGUGUGUCAGUUCAGCUCCCCUUUGCGCCCCAGAUCGCAUUUUUCCAGUGGUUUGGUGGAUAUUUUUGCAUCUUCUGCAGUUCGACACAUCCAAUCAAAUACAAGAUGUCGAAGAAGAUGCGAAAAACAAGCCUAUUCGCCCAUUACCAGCCGGUCGAAUCUCGCUGAGACAUGCCACCAUUCUGCGUUGGGGCUUAGUCCCAGCUUGCUGGUUCAUAUCCGUCUUACAUAGUGGUCCUGUGCUAUUUUCUAGCGUGGCUCUCGUGCUGUUUACCAUCUUAUACAAUGAGUUACAAGCAAGCCGUCACUGGCUCACAAAAAACAUUGUAACUGCAAUAGGUUUCGCUUCGUUUGAAGUAGGAGGAAUGUUGAUCGCAGGUUGUGAUACGUUGCGCAUGGACGCUGUGGGAUGUCUGUCUGUUGCGAUAAGCACAGCAGUGUUUGCUACAACUAUACACACCCAAGAUUUUAAAGAUGAGGCGGGAGACAGGUUAAUUGGCAGAACGACCUUACCGAUUGUGUCACCGCAAGCGGGUCGUGCCUCAAUCUUGCCACUUCUUGCGAUGUGGUCUAUUGCUCUCAGCUUCGUGUGGCAGUUGACUUGGGCUGGCACUAUUCUGCUUCUCUGCUUCUCUUCGCUGAUCGGCGUUCGAUUCUUGUUAUUGAGAAACAGGAUGGCGGACCAAACAUCAUUCCUUCUAUACAAUAUGUGGUUGUCGGUAGUACACAUGCUGCCAGGCUAUUGGCGGUACCUCCGAUAUCAAAAUGAUCCCUUCAUUGCAUAGCGACAUAUGUAGGUAUUAGGCAAAUGACCAUGGUUUCAACUAUACUGCACAUGAAAUUUACCUAAAGAAUG